AUGAGUUUCUCCAUAGAUUUCAUUAUUGAUCAUUCUAGUGAUGUUGAUAGAUGCUUAGAUGCAAACUCAUAUAUUUUUCCUUGGGACGAGAAUUUCAAUGCAACAAAAGACGAAUCGCAAUCACAAACCACACCACUUCCAAAAUUGAAACCUGAUUUCCAAUCUUCACCAAUAACAAAAAGUAUACCCAUUAUAUCAACACCUCAGCCACCUAAAUCAACAAUAAUAAAAUUAGUUAUUCCGAAAACAGCACAUACUCGUUCAACUACAUCAAAUAAAACACAAACAUCUGAAAUAACACAGACUCUGGUUCCUCAAUCAAAAUCAAACAUGAGUAAGCCAGUAUCAUAUCAAGAAGAAACAAUAUCACAGAAAGAAGAAAUAGUAUCGCAACAGGAAGAAAUAGUAUUAAAACAGGAAGAAAUAUCACAGCAAGAAGAAACAGUGACUAACGUUGGCUCUGAAAAACUUAGAAUGAAACAAGAAUGGGUUAAACGAAUGCGAUUGAAAUUUAGUGUUCGACCCGAAUUUGAAAUUACAAAAAACAUUUUGCAUCCUGAUGGAACUUUGAAUCAAGAUUAUUUUCGACCUCCAAAAUCAUGUGUACCUCAAUUACAACGUAAAUGGACAGAAAAAGAACGUGCUUUAUUAAUGAAAGGAAUCCAGAAAUACGGAAUCGGUCAUUAUAGAGAGAUUUCUGAAGAAUUUUUAUUGGAUUGGACUGCACAGGAUCUUCGUGUAAAAACUAUGCGUCUCAUUGGAAGACAGAAUUUGCAACUUUAUAAAGACUGGAAAGGGAAUGAAGAUGCGAUAAAAAAAGAAUACGAACAAAACAAAAAAAUUGGAUUAGAAGUUGGAAUGUGGAAGGCAGGAACGCUAGUUUAUGACGAAAAGGGAGUUAUUCAAAUGGAGAAAUGA